AUGAAGAUUGUAGCUUUCCUAGCCACAACUAGUCUGGUGCAAGCCGGGCUAGCCUCUGCUAUCCCAGCUUUCGAGCACAAUCGGUUCCAUGACGCAAAACGAGACACAGCACCCGUCGUGGUAACCGAGACAACCACUUUCUACCAGACUGUGGUAUGGGUCGAUCGCAAUGGCAAGCCAGUCAGCACGGAGAUAAAUGACCCUCCACCAGGCGCAGCGACCUCGUUAGCUGCAUCUUCCUCUCCCUCCUCAGUACCAAGUCCACCUUUCGGUACAAUAGCAGGGUCGGACUUUGGUGCGCGCAAGCGGCCAUCGAUGAGCCGAGAUCCUCCACCCCAAUCCGCAUCUCCUACCAUUCAGAAAACCUCCUCCCUCCCAAGUAGUGAACCACAAGCCGAGCCGUCGUCUACCAACAUACAACCACCGCAAAGUAGCGCCACAGGAAGUCCGAGUUCUGGAGGAAGUGACACUGUCGCUCCUGGUGGAAUGGGAAUAUGCUACGACAUGAUCGACAGCAGCACCAACUGCAAGAAGCCAGAUACCAUCAGCGCUGAGUUCGGAUUCCUGCGGUCUCAAGGCUAUGGCAUGGUACGUGUCUACGAUGUUGGCUGCCCGAUCGGUGACUUUAUUGCUGCUGCUUCAAGCCAAGGCUUAAAACUAAUGAUCGGCACCAACUCAAUAAAACCGCAAGAUCUCGACAUCCUCAUUGGUAUGGUGAAUGGCAAUUGGGGUCCAGUAGACACCGUCUACCUUGGCAAUGAGCUCGUGCAAAACGGCGCUGCGUCCUCGGGUGACGUGGCGGCCUAUGUUAACACGGGUCGAGGCAUUCUGAGGGCCAAAGGCUUCAAUGGAAACGUUGUCACCGUCGAUACUUUCUUCGUGAUGCAGAACGACCCUACAAUAUGUUCUACAUCCGAUUACUGCGCUGCCAACGCUCAUGCCUUUUUCGAUCCCAACACAUCAGCCGAGAAUGCCGGUACAUCCGUGCUGAACUCUUAUGCCGCUGUUCAGGCAACAAACCCAGGCAAGAAGGUCGUUAUUACCGAGUCUGGUUGGCCAUGGAAGGGUAGCUGCAACCAGAAAGCAUGCCCGUCAGUCGAGAAUCAGAGAACUGCUAUGAACAGUGUCAUCCGUGCAUUCGCUGACAAGCCGGGCAAUCUAUAUCUCUUCCAGGCCUACAAUGCAGGCUACAAAGGACCAGGCGCAUAUGGCGUGGAGCAAUUCUUUGGCAUCUACGACUCAGACCACUACGCCGGUGGAAUCGGUUCCUCAGCAUGA